CAAGGUUUAUAAAAGCGCCGCCCCGUCCUGACGGCCCCCCCUCCACGAUGCUCUCUGCAUAUCUUCCCAACAACCGCCCUCGUUCUUUCUUCGCCUGCUGUCCGCUGGUCGGCUCAGGUUCUCUUCUCGGCCGCAUAUUUUGGUGCUGAAAAAACCCCCCCAGACCGCGCUUGCCCCACGUAACACGCUCUCGCAAUGGCGUUCGGAAAAGGUAAAAACGACUCCGUUGCGACAAUGGAAGAGGUCCACGGCCACCCCGACUACGCGGGUGAGCCUGUCAAUACCGGACACGAGCUCCACCGCGCGCUGAAGAACCGUCACAUUGCUAUGAUCUCCAUUGGUGGUGUCAUUGGAACCGGUCUGUUUUUAGGGACUGGUACCGCCCUCCACAAUGGUGGACCGGCUGGUCUCCUGCUAGGCUACGCGAUUAUGGGGACCAUUUGCUUCGCUGUGAUGACCUGUAUCGGAGAGAUGGUUGCCUUCCUCCCCGUCGCCGGAGGUCACAUCACCCUUGCCCGCCGUUUCGUCGACCCCGCGUUCUCGUUUGCCUUGGGCUGGAACUACUGGUACAACUGGGUCAUUACGCUCCCCACUGAAUUGACCGCCGCCGCCCUGAUCAUCAACUUUUGGGGUUGGGACGUCAACUCUGGUGUAUGGAUCACGAUCUGUUUGCUCCUUGUCGUGGCCAUCAACCUGCUGGGUACAAGAGCCUAUGGCGAAGCCGAGUUUUGGUUUGCAAGCAUCAAAGUGCUCACCAUCGUCUGCCUCAUCAUCGUUGGGAUCGUCAUUGCCGCUGGAGGCGGUCCGAACGGCAAUGCUUCAGGCUUCACUUACUGGAAUGACCCAGGCGCAUUCAACGACAACUUCAAUGGCAUCACUGGCAGUCUCGGAAAAUUCCUCGGCUUCUGGGCCGUUCUGAUUCAGGCCGCCUUCUCCUACAUCGGAACCGAGAUUGUCGCCAUCGCCGCCGGAGAGGCCGAGAACCCUCGCCGCAACAUUCCCAAGGCCAUCAAACGUGUGUCCUUCCGUAUCGUCACCUUUUACAUCCUCGGAACCUUCGUUAUCGGCUUGACCGUCGCGUACAAUGACCCCACUCUGAUUGCGGCGAAAGACGGAACCGCCAACGGCAGUCCUUUCGUCAUUGCCAUCAAGAACGCAGGCAUCGGCGUUCUUCCCUCCAUCAUCAACUUCUGUGUCUUGACGUCUGCUUGGAGUGCUGCCUCCUCCGACCUGUACACCUCUUCCCGCGCCCUGUACGGUUUGGCUGUCAGCGGACAGGCCCCCAAGAUCUUCACGCGCACAAGCAAGAACGGUCUUCCUUACUAUGCCGCCGCCGUUUCCAUCCUUUUCACCUCUCUGGCUUACCUGUCGCUCUCUAAGGGAGCUGGCAAGGUGUUCGGCUGGUUGCAAGAUCUCACUGCCAUCUGCGGUCUCAUCACGUGGACUUGCAUCUGCAUCAUUUACCUCCGUUUCCACGCCGGAAUGAAGGCUCAGAACAUUGACCGCAACCGCCUCCCUUACAAAAGCCCCUUCGGCGUGUGGGGUGCCUACUACGCCCUUGUCUGGAUUAUCAUCGUCAUGCUCACCAAUGCAUGGCAAGUCUUCCGCCCGGGCCAUUUCGACCUGGAGAUCUUCAUCACAUCCUACCUGCCUCUACCCCUUUUCUUCGUACUCUUCGCUGGAGCCAAGAUCUUCAACAGGACAAAGUUCAUCGCUGCCCAAGACAUGGACUUUGUCACUGGAGUCCGGGACUUUGAGGAGAGUCACGACACCACCAAGAAGCCCCGGACGCGUGGCCAGAGGGUCUGGAACUGGCUUAUGUAGGAGGUCGUUCUACUUCCCCACCCCUCACAUGUAAAGAACAUUUUCCCCACCUCCCCAUCACCACUGUAAACCGAUGUAAAUUUCACCUGCUACAUUCCCCUACCCCCCUUAUCACAUCUCUUCGUAAUAUUACUGUGGUUUAGGAAACCACUCGUAAUGAGACAAUCGUCGCUUCGCUCUAUGCGUCCGGCUCUCGGUUCAACUCGGGGUGUUUAGGCGUUUGGC